AUGACAAAUUUUAAACAAAAUAAUGAUCAAAUAUACCCAAGUGAACAAUCAAUAAUUGAAUUAAAUUCUUCAAAUAUAUCAUCAGAUGAAACUAAUUCAAUUUCCAAAAAAAAUCAAAUUCAUGAGAAAGAUUUAGAAAUUGGAUCAAAUUCUGAAAAAACAGAUGAAUUAAAUGUUAAUAAUUAUAAUAAUGAUUUAUCAAAAAAUUUAUCUACAUCAAAUUCAAAUUUAUCAAAUUGGCAAAAAAUUAAAAUUAAAUAUCCUUGGUAUAGAAUUGCAAUUGAUAUAUUUAUUGGAUGUUUUUUCACUUCUUGGUGGUUAUCAAUCGUUAUUCAAGAUAAACAUAGACAUCAAUGGUUAAUUCCAACUAUUAUAUGGAUGAUGAUAAUGGUUAGAUUAAUAACUUGGCAUUGUCGAAUAUUACCAUUUUUAUUAUCAAAAGUUAAAAUAAUCUGGGAUUUUGGUUGUGAUAUUGUAUACAAUAAACUUUUAACUAAACAUUAUCAAAGAUUAUUAGCUGGUGCUUCUAUAACUAUAGCUGUUAUAUUAUUAGGAACUUUUAUACCAAGUGAAACUGAAUUUUCAAAAAGAAAAGAUAGAGCUAUAUCAUUUUUUGGUAAUUUAGUUGCAAUAUUUGGUUUAUUUAUAACUUCAAAAUAUCCAAAAAAAAUUCAAUGGCAAACUUGUAUUGGAGGAUUUUUAAUGCAAUAUAUUGUCGCUUUAUUUGUUUUAAGAACAAAAUGUGGUUAUGAUGUCUUUAAUUUUAUUUCAACUUUAGCAAGAGAAUUAUUAGGUUUUUCAAAAAUCGGUGUCGCUUUUUUGACAAAUAAUGACAUUGCACAUCUACCAUAUUUCUUUUUUGCGGUGCUACCAUCUGUUGCGUUUUUUGUCGCGUUUGUUCAUAUUUGGUAUUAUUUUGGAGUUAUUCAAUGGGCAAUCAAAAAAUUUGCAUACUUCUUCUUCUGGUCCCUCAGAGUAUCAGGAGCAGAAGCCAUUACCCUGGCGCUGUCACCCUUCAUAGGUAUUGGGGAAUCGGCAAUCUUAAUCAAAGACCUCAUAAAAUUUCUUACACCUGCUGAGAUUCAUCAAAUCAUGACCUCAGGAUUCUCAACAAUCUCAGGAGCUGUUUUAGUUGGUUAUAUUGGGUUAGGUUUAAAUCCUCAAGCUUUAGUUAGUUCCUGUGUUAUGUCAAUCCCUGCCUCAUUAGCUAUAUCCAAACUAAGAUAUCCAGAGACUGAUGUACCUAUUACAGCUGGUAAAAUAAUAAUCCCAAAUGAAAUAAAAAAUGAUGAUGAUCCUGAUAAACCACAAAAUGUUUUACAAGCUUUUUCAAAUGGUGCUACUUUAGGUUUAAAAAUUGCAGGAACAAUGAUGAUUCAAUGUUUAUGUAUUAUUGGACUUGUUGCAUUAUGUAAUGGUAUAUUAACAUGGUUUGGAAAUUAUUGGAAUAUUAAUGAAUUAAGUUUAGAAUUAAUUUUUUCAUAUAUUUUAUAUCCUGUUACAUUUUUAUUAGGAACUCCUCGUAAUGAAAUUUUAAAAGUUUCAAAAUUAUUAGCUUAUAAAUUUAUUCAAAAUGAAUAUGUUGCUUAUAAUUUAUUAAUGACUCAAUCUCCAUAUACUGAAUUAUCAUCAAGAGGUCAUUUAAUUGCAACUUAUGCAUGUUGUGGAUUUGCAAAUUUAGGAAGUUUAGGUAUAACUUUGGGUGUAUUGAAUACUUUAACAAAUAAUAGUAGAGCUAAAGAUAUAUCAGCUAGUAUUAUGUCUGCUUUAAUAUGUGGUGGUAUUUCUACUUUAACAAGUGCAGCUAUAGCAGGAAUGGUUAUGCAUGAUUUAGAUAAUUUUAUUCAAUAG